AUGAACGCCGACGAUGACCUGGGGGCCAUCUUUGGCAACCCCAAGGAGGACAGUAGCGAGGACGAGGAGGAAGUGGAGGCCGCGGCACCCUCGGUGAAGAUCGUGCCGGUGACGACGGCUCAGGCCAAGACCAAGCCUGCCGCGGCAUUCGACACGCCCGAGCCCAGCAGCCCCAAGGGGGGAGUCCAUCAGUUGCGAAAGCGAGGGAAGAGCGUGAGCCCCAAGAGGAAGCUCCAAUUUGGCAGUGAUUCCGAAGAGGAGAAGAAGGCCGAAGAUGCCGCACCCAAACCGAAGCGAAUCGCCAAGCGCAAGAGGAGGGGCACAUCCCUUCCCACUGCCCCCGUCUUGACCGUAACGGCUCCUUCUUCUGAAGAUGACGAUGCUGGCGCUGGCGAGACACCUCGAAGAUCGCCUCGCAAGCCGCCGCCCACCAGGCGCUUCGACCCAGCCAAGGCCGCUAAGAAGACGCGAGGGAGGCUCGCAGCCAAGCGCGAAGAAGAAGACGAGGAAGAAGAGGAGGAGGAUGAACGACGCAGCCGAAAGAAGCAGAAGCAGGCAAAAGCGAAGCCGAAGAAGGGAAAGAAAGCCGACACGAAGAAGAAGAAGAGUGGCAAGGCGAAGAAGGAAAGCGAUGAAGAGGAGGCGGAGGCAGACAGCGACGAGAAGGAUGAGGACUUCGGGGAUCGGGGUGUGCAGACGAAGAAGCGAAAGACCAGCGGCAACGCCAAGUCGCCCAAGAAGAGGUCUCCCAAAAAGGUGAAAGCUGACGAGAACGCGAUCAACACCAAGGUUGAGCAGGAGGUGGAGGCGCUAAGCGAGUACUUUGCCGACAUUGAUGAUACGCCCCUGGAGGAAGAGGAACCGCCCGGCACGAAGUGGGUCUCCAUGCCCACGCUCAAGAGCCCUCAGCGCCUUGAGCGGCUGUCUAAGUAUCCCACCAUCGCCAAAGACUAUGACGAGUACAAGAAAGCUCUCACCGAGGCGCAGGUGAGCCCGGCUCCGAUCACGGAGUUCGUCAAGGACCUGGAGGACAAGCGCCUUGAAGCUGUCAUCCAGCCGUAG